AUGAACCGAAUUAGUGUUACACCUGAGCAUGAUACAUUAUGGGAAGACGUUGAUGAUAGUUGUUUAGAAAAUGUCAAAUUAUUAAAAGCAACAUAUAGUAAAUUAUUUAAUCAGUAUGGAGAAUCAUGUAAAACACUAUUAUUACGUUUAUUUGAAAAUAUUGAAUUUAUUGUUCAACGAGAAUUUAUAGAUUAUAAAAAAUUAGACACAAAAUACAAUGAUGAAUCGUGUGAUACCUACGCUGAUCACAGUUUAACAAUGAUCACACCGUUUCAUGCUCAAAUCGUAGCUCCUGAUUUACUUCAGUCAACAACGGCUAUUGGAACAUAUCGACAUCCCAAACGUUCGACACUAUUUGUUUCUCACCUUUCAAACUCUAAAUAUGCUUCAACAUCCACAAGUGUUAAACAACAUCAAGAAAGCCUUUCGGCUCCUGCUGCCAUUAUUGAACAAGGAACGAUGAAAACUUCACCGAUUUUUGACAAUGACAUUUUUAAUCAAACAAACUCAUUUUUUGAGACAAGUUUAGUUGGAAUUCAACAACAAACCCACGAUUCUUGUAGCCAGACACCUCGUUUUGAAAUGAUGAAUGAGGAUACACAGUCUGCUAUUAUACAACAAAAUAUUGGCUUACAAACUUCACUAAUUGAUCAAAUAGAACAGAUGUGUGAGAAAGAAAUCCAAACUGAUCAAACAACAAUUCUAUCCACGGUGUACGAUUCUGUAAUUCAUUUCUCGUUUCCUAUAUAUUCUUCAACGAUUUAUCUUCCAGUUCCAUCUUAUCGUGAUUGUGUUGAUAAAGCAAUGCAAUGUACAGAUCUGUCUAUACUUGAAACAUCUUCGUCAAAGCGUUUAUCAUCCAUACUCUUACCAUCACUAACAUCAAAUCGUUUGCUUCCACCUCCUUCAUCAAGAAGAUCAAAUCUUCUAUCAGAUGUUGAUAAUAUCAAAAAUACAUCGAUGCAAACUGAACAAGAAACAGAUACCUCACUCGAUGAGCGACAACGUCUAGCUCAAGAUAUAGCGAGAUUAAGAGAAUCAAAUGAGAAAAAAGAUGAAACAAUCCAGUGGUGGAUUGAAUCUUCAACAAAUGCCAGAAUUAAAUCUAAAGAAUUAACAAUACAAAUUCAACUUCUUUCCAAAAAUCGUCAACAAAUCGAAACAAAUCUUCUGGAUGUUUUAGAACAAUUAACGUUGGUAUGGAAAGUAAUGUGUUGUGGAAAUGAGACAGAUCAUGGUGAUAAAGAAGAUUGUUGGCCACUACCACCCGCAGGUGAAUGUCUGAAAACAUCUAUAAAUGGUCGUUUAUUAUCAAAUCAACAAAUGUUUGACGAAAAUAUUGAUCAGUCAAGUCUUAUAACAAGAAUAAAUUCAUUAUGUCAAUUAAUUAUGAAAAGAUUACAAUUUGACAACAAGUGGCAUGUGGAUUUUGAAAAGGGUAUUUGUGACAAUAAUAAAUUAUGUAAUAAUGAUGAUCAACUAAAAUUAAUACCACUUGAUAUUGAUCAUUACAAUGAUGAAUUAACAAUGUUAAAGAAUGAAUUAGAUAAAGAACGAAAUGCAAAAUAUGAAUUGAUUGAAAAACUCGCUAAAGCCACACAAUUAAUAGAACAAAUGAUGUAUAAUUAUAAAAGUGAGAAAAAUGAACUUGAAUUAUUAUUAAUAGGUAAAGAUGAACAAAUAACUAAACUUGUUUCAAAAGAUAUUGAUCAUGCUAAUAAAGAAUAUGAUAUUCUUCAACAAUUAAAUAAGGAAAAAGAAAAAGAAUUAAACAAAAUAACGGAGGAAUAUGCCAUAUUGUAUUAUGAAUAUGAGGCGGAACAUCGUCGAAAUAUUGAUUUAUUAGAAGCUAAAGAUCGUUUAUGUGAUCAUAUUAAAAUGUUGUCAGACGAAUUAGGCGAUAAAGAAGUUAAAGAAGAAAAACUAACGAUUAAAAGUGGACAACAACAUAAAUUGAUUCAUUAUAUGUUGCCAAAAAUUGAUUGUACACCAACAUCAAAGAAGUUUCGGGGGAGAGGUGCUCUUGAGUAUCGUUAG